GUGGAGGAGCCCGACGACUGGCUGCGGUUCGGCAACCCAUGGGAGAAGGCCCGUCCGGAGUACUGCCUGCCUGUCAACUUCUUCGGCCGUGUGGAGAACGUCAAUGGUCAAGAUAAGUGGGUGGAUACCCAGGUCCUUUUCGCCAUGCCCUACGACACGCCUGUGCCCGGCUACGGCAACAACACAGUGAACACCCUGAGGCUGUGGUCUUGCAAGGCUCCCCACAGCUUCCACCUGCAGUUCUUCAAUAAUGGAGAGUAUAUCAACGCUGUGUGUGAUAGAAACUAUGCUGAGAACAUUUCAAGAGUGCUCUACCCCAACGACAAUAUGUUUGAAGGCAAAGAACUGCGACUGAAACAGGAAUACUUUCUGGUGGCUGCUUCCCUCCAAGAUCUCAUCAGGAGAUUCAAGUCAUCCUCUUUUGGUCAGGCUAACCCUGUGCGGACUUCUUUCGACACGUUCCCAGACAAGGUGGCUAUCCAGUUGAAUGACACUCACCCGUCUUUGGCCAUCCCUGAACUGAUGCGUAUCUUUGUGGACAUCGAGAACAUGUCAUGGGAAAAGGCGUGGGACAUCACCACCCGCACCUGCGCCUACACCAACCACACAGUUCUGCCGGAGGCCCUGGAGCGUUGGCCAGCCAGUCUACUUGCCCUUGUGCUGCCUCGCCAUCUGGCCAUCCUCUACGAGAUCAACGCUCGCUUCCUUGCGGAGGUUUCUAAGCGCUGGCCCGGUGAUAACGAGCGCCUGGCUCGCAUGUCCUUGGUUGAAGAAGGCGGAGAGAAGAAGCUCAAUAUGGCCAAUGUAUCUAUUGUGGGCAGCAAGGCGAUCAAUGGUGUGGCAGCCAUUCACUCAGAGAUCAUCAAGAAAUCCACUUUCAAGGACUUCUACGAGAUGUUCCCGAAGAAGUUCCAGAACAAAACCAACGGCAUCACCCCCAGGAGAUGGCUGCUGCUGUGUAACCCUGGACUGGCCGACAUCGUUGCAGAGAAAAUCGGCGAGACAUGGGUGACCAAUCUGUCUGAACUCAGGAAACUCACACCGGCUUCUAAGGAAGAGGCUUUCCUGCGCAACAUCAUGAAGGUCAAACAGGCCGCCCCUGGCUACCACACUGCCAAGAUGAUCAUCAAGCUGAUCAACAACGUGGGCCGCGUCAUCAACAACGACCCCAUUGUGGGCGACCGCCUCAAGUUCAUCUUCCUGGAGAACUACCGCGUCUCCCUGGCUGAGAAGAUCAUCCCCGCUGCCGAUCUCAGCGAACAGAUCUCUCUGGCCGGCACAGAGGCUUCCGGAACUGGCAACAUGAAGUUCAUGUUGAACGGUGCCCUGACCAUCGGUACUCUGGACGGUGCCAAUGUGGAGAUGAUGGAGGAGAUGGGCAAGGAGAACAUCUUCAUCUUUGGCAUGACUGUGGAGCAAGUGGAGGAACUCUUCAGAAAAGGAUACAACCCGAGGACUUUCUACGAGCAAGAUGCGGAGUUGAAACAGGCUCUUGAUCAACUCAACAGUGGCUACUUCAGCCCAGAGGACCCUGGACUCUUCUGUGAACUCUACAACGGUUUGCUCAACAAUGACAGAUUUGCUCUGUGUGCCGACUUCAGAGCAUACGUGGACUGCCAGGACCAGGUGUCCGAGCUUUUCAAGGACCCGAUGAAGUGGGCCGUGAAAGCCGCUCUCAACGUGGCCUCCUCCGGCAAGUUCUCUAGCGACCGCACCAUCCAGGAAUACGCCAAGGAGAUCUGGGGUGUGGAACCUUCCCUCAUCAAGCUUCCCAACCCGGCGGACAAGGGCUCUGCCAAAGAGGAUUAGCUUUAGUCUGUUUAGUUAAGUCAAGUCUUUUUUAUCAAUUGAGCAUUUACUAAUUCAGUUGAGGCUUUUGUUUGUCUGCGCAGAUGAGUCACCAUUACUUUUUCAGCAAAACGAACGGAAGCCAGUUGUUUGGUGUCUGCUGGUUUGAGGGUUGGGUUUUUUUUUUUGUUUUUUUUUUUAAAUUACAUUGGAACAACAGCUUGUGUGCAUGGGUUCAAAUGCACAAGCAUUAUCUUUGUUCUGUCACACUGUGUGGCUGAUAUAUCCUCUGGCAUGUGAUAUAAAAAAAAGGAACUAUGUGGGAAUUUUAUUAAAUGACAUAUAUAUUUAAUGCCGGCGCUCACUAGGUAAAAUGGAGAGCUCUGAUUGAAGUUCAGAGAGAACAAAAAUUUUGUCCUUGUGGAAAAGAUUGGAAAAGUCUUUGACUGGCCAUGUAGAGAGCGCUAAAAUUGAGGUACCUGAAAAGAUAUAUCUGUGAUAUAAUCCACUUUUUUUUUAAAUCUCUCGUUCGAAAAUUGAACAAGAUGUGAAUUUUUCUUACUUCUUUUUCAAGGACCUGGUAGGACAAAAUUCUGGUGCUAUGAUGAGCCUUUGUGGAGAGUUAAAGCUCAGAGGUUUGCUUCCUCUCUUAGCCAGGUUCCAUACACUCCCGCCCAUAUCCAUAAAACUUACUUCCCCUUUUCUCAACCCCUCGGCUAACAGGGAGUUGAUGUAGAUGUCUAAUGUGAGCUCUGAAAAGGCACGCUCUACAACGUGGAAGGAUGUUAAUGUAUGUGUGUGUGUGUACAUGUGUGAAUGUGUGUGCAUGCUCCUGCAUUGAAGGGACGAUCAUGAAAGCUUGGUCCCGCCAAAUGACUGCAAUCAUCAGUUGUCUGUAUGUUACAUGAGAUUUUGAGUGUGGUCUUAGCAUGGAUUUUGUUUCUUACAACCUGUUUAGACCCGUAGCUUUAUCAUAAUGUUUAUUUACACAUUGCAGAGUCCAUGGAUGUCCGUGGCGAUAUAUUCCAUACUGUACACCUUUGUAUGUUAGAGUAGUCGCAGAACCUUGUCUAAUGGACAUUCUGUACUUUGCUUCUAGAUUGGUUUCCACCAACUUAUACUGCUUCCCUAUACCUGGAGCAUUGAUAAUGUUACUCUAAGUUUAUUUAUAGUUUUUUGGUAAGGCCUUUAGUUUUGUUUAACGAUCAAUGGCCUAAUGAAUUCGUGAAAAUCAAGACAAAUUCUGAGAGGUAUUUUUAUUUUUUUAUUUUUGCUCUUCAGAAAUACAUUAGAUUGGAGUCAUUCUCAACAAAUAAUGAUGCGUUGCUUUGAAUCUUUAUCUCUUGUUUUGCUGUUUUGUUGUUGCUUCCAGUUUAGCUAGUAUUUCUUUAUUAGUUAUUCUCUGUUUUUGGUUUUUUUCAGUAUUGUUGCUCUCUUGUCCCUAAACUGUUAGUCGGGUGAUGUACAGAUGGCUGUGGUCUCACUUUUGUUGUCAAGUUGAUGGUACAUACAAUUUUUGUCAGCACUACCCAUGGGUUUUUUUAUGAGGCACUUGCUCAUGCUCAAAAGUCAAAUUGAGAAAUUAUUAUUAAGUAUUAAGCAUAUAUAUGACUGUCCAUGUGAACACUUUUUCUCCAACUUGAACCUAAAUUUGUCUGUUUUGCAAAACCCUGGGGCAUUCACGUUUAUUGAUGGAUCUAUGUGUCCAUUUUUCCCUUCAUCUCUGUCCCUUCCACUGCCUGGUUCAUAGAAAUUAUAGAAUUUCAACUCCAAAAAAUGACAUGAAAAUCCUCAUGGUUAAUUGCAGUUGCUCUUCAGUAUUUGAUUGAUUUAUGUUUUUUUCUGAAAUGUUCAAGGAGAAUAUGGUAUUAAUAAUUUCCAUAUGUUUUGGUAAUGUUGUUCUUUGUUUGUGUGCUCUCUGACUGAAACUUGCAGCUCUUGUAACUAUCGGAAUCUCUUUUUAUUUUGCCAUAUUAAUUUGCAAUAUUUCUUUUAAUUUAUCCUUUCAGUUUGAUUAGUUGUUUGUUUUAGCCUUUGUUGUUCUCUAUAGUAGAAAAGGACUUGGUCAGACCAGAGCAGUUGGUCAGACCAGAGCAGUUGGUCAGACCAGAGCAGUUGGUCAGACCAGAGCAGUUGGUCAGACCAGAGCAGUUGGUCAGACGUUGCCAUGAAGUGGAUGGCACCCUUCUGUUUCUGGUUCUUCUCAUGUCCUUAUUUUGUUCUUGGCAUAUGUACGACCCAAUAGUACGUGUCGAAAGUGCCAGAAGGUUAAAAAAAUCUGCUGUAUCAUUUGCGGUCUGGAACCUGGAAGUUUUGUUGUGAGUCAGCAAAACUCGUUUUGAGUUUCCCUUGUUUUCAUUAGUUGACUUAAAUAGAUGGAUGGAUUCAUGGUGAUGUUAUGUUUUAGAAUUUUCCUGUUCAUAUCUGUUCUCUAGUAGGCUUAACUUGUAUACUUCAAGCUUGGCAAACCCUCUUCUGCUGAAAAUAUUUUGUAAUUUUGCUGUCAUCAUUACUUUACAACCAUGAUUUUCUUUAUUAAACUGUCAUCUUCAAUAUAUGAGUCUUACCCUUUUUCACCUGUGUAACAUACUGUACACUCACACACUUGUCUUGUGGGCUUGGUCUUCGUAUAGUUCUGCCCCCAUCUCAAGCUGGCUUGUUCUAGUAGUUUGCUAGCAGUGAGGUAAAUUCUUUAUUUCUGGUGUAUUUAUUUAUUACUCCAUCUCAUCGUGAAUGUUAAAGGUCAUCAAUUUAGGGUCUAAGUCGCCCACUUUUUCUCCCCCGGUGUCACGGCAGUUGUUCUCACCACCACCACCUGUCUCUGGAAGACCUUUGUCCCUCUAUUUUCCUGACAACGAAAAUACUGUUUUAGCUAACAGAAAUAUUGCAAGAAGUCGAAGUUAAAGCAUAGAGUCUUACUGCAUUGGAAUAUAUCAUGAGCAUCAUUGCACCUGAAACAACACAAAAAGUGGUUUCUUUGGAGACUGUUGGGAAUUUCAUAGAAGGAAAGGACAGCAAGUGAGGUAUGGCUGAAGGACGCCUGAGAGGGCCGCUCUCAAAUUAAAACAAUAUCAGGAAGAGACAAAUACAGUUUCUGGGACUCUUGAAUAAACAUAAGGGCCUUGAACAUCGUGCUCUCACUGGAAGAAAAAAAGACAAAAGAGGCAGAAGUAGACCGAGGGCAACUCACUAUAACUAGGAGAACUUGAACAGAUAUAUGACUGGGAAAGAGAAGGACAACGCAAGGUUUUUGUAGAGCAUCUGAGCAGAGAAAUGAGAGGCCAACCAUGAUCACUGAUGUUUGUUUCAGAUCUGGCGCUACAUGAUGAUUGUCAUAGUAGAAUAUUAUAAACUCCUAGCCUACCUUUGGAAAUAUAUUAUUAUUGUGCUAACAAUAAUGUCCUGUCUGUAUAUAAUUGCUCUUUACCCAUUUUGGCCUAUUUUACAGCUUCAUAGAUGGGAAGUAUCCUCCUAGGUAUUGAGCUUCGAGAACUGGCUGUGCCACAUUUCCAGUCCUUGGUCCAAGUUCUUUACUGUUCAUAGUACAUAUAUAUAUAUAUCUGUUCUUCAGAUUUAGCCAAAAUUCUGUGAGACUUCUCGUUCACAACCAGGAUGAACAAGGUGUGCAUUUAAACUCAGCUAGUAGUGCUACAUUAUUUUACUGAACGAAUAAAUAGCAUUAUGCCAGUUUGUAGCAAGGGAGAUAAUUCUUUUAACUUGUACAUGCGACCAUAUCUGCAGGGAUAUUUCAUGGAUGACUUCCUUUUACGUGUUCAACUGCCCACCAUGUCGUUGUCUCGUUCCAUAAAUUCCUCAUCAUCAUCAUCGUUAAUUAUUUACCUUUUCUACCCUUGCUCAUCCCCGUAUACCUCACAUCGACAUUUGUCCUUUUACUUAUGACGCCAACCCCUGGCUAGCAGGAGCAGUCUGGCAGUGUACAGUAGAGGAACUAGUUACUGUGCUAAGAAUAUGGUGACCUGGCAUGCCGACUCCCGAUGACCUCUCUCGUCUGACCUUUGUCGUAGCGUCACGGCUCUAAUGGGCAUGGAAAUAUUGAGAAGGUCGUGAGGGGAGCGGAGCUGUUGCACGGGGAAGCAUGUUCUUAUCACUGUGUGUGUGUAAUGUGUUCUUUUUUUCUUUCCAUGGUAAACAAACUAUCAAAUAAACUUAAUCUAAUCAGA